GGGUGGCUCAGCGCGGCGGGGGCAGGAGCAGCGAACUUCCCCCAGUACUACCGCGCCGCGCCGCUCCGCCCCAGAGUAACGCCCUCCGCCCAUGGGCCUGGCGGAGGGCAGACGGCGGGCGGCGCGGAGGAGGCGGUGGCGGCAGGUGGCGCGCAGCGAGGCCGGAGCCGGGUCGGGCCAUGGCCGCCUCGGAGCGGCUGUACGAGUUGUGGCUGCUGUACUAUGCGCAGAAGGACCUGGGCUACCUGCAGCAGUGGCUGAAGGCCUUUGUAGGAGCCUUCGAAAAGAGCAUCUCGCUGUCCUCGCUGGAACCCCGCAGGCCGGAGGAGGCAGGUGCUGAGGUGCCACUGCUGCCCCUGGAUACACUGCAUGUGCUGGCCGAGCAGCUAAACCAGGAGGACCUGGAACAAGCCCUGCUGCUGCUCAAACUCUUCAUCCUCCUCUGCAGGAACCUAGAAAAUGUGGCAGCAGGCUGGGGACAGGUGCUGGUGCCCCGGGUGCUGGUGCUGCUGACCGGGCUGGUGGCUGAGCUGAAGGAACCCCCACCUCUGCAGGAGGGCCGUGGGCCCCAGCUGGAGAGCGUGGCCUUGCAUGCCCUGCUCCUCUGCGAGGGCCUCUUCGACCCCUACCAGAUCUGGCGGCGCCAGCAUCGCGGGGAAGUCAUCAGCUCCAAGGAGAAGAGCAAAUACAAGUUCCCUCCAGCCUCUUUGCCCCAUGAAUUCAGCGCCUUCUUCAGAGAGAGCCUGCAGGAUGCAAUUCACUUGCCUCCAGUGCUGCUUUUGCGUCUCAUCCACCUGUUUGGUGCCAUCCUUGUAGGAGGGAAGGAGAACGGGCAGAUGGCUGUAAGUGCCGGCUCUGUGCAGGGCCUGCUGGGUGUGGUGCGGGGCUGGGGCUGUCGGCCAACCCAGGACCCCUGCCUCGUGCCGCUGGCACUAGAGGCUCUGGUGGGUGCAGUACACGUCCUGCAUGCCAGCCGUGCACCCCCCCGUGGGUCAGAGCUCCGCGCUCUGCUCGAGGGCUACUUCCGCGUCCUUAAUGCCGACUGGCCAGCUGGUCCCAACUCAGGCCCUGAAGAGGCCCUCAUCUCCCUGCGGGUCCGCAUGCUUGAUACCAUCCCCAUGAUGCUGGCCUGCGAGGACCGGCCGGUGCUGCAAGCUACCUUCCUCAGCAACAACUGCUUUGAACACCUCAUUCGCCUCAUCCAGAACAGCAAGCUGUACGUGCAGGCCCGGGCACCCCCUGAGGGGGACAGUGACCUGGCUACCCGGUUACUGACUGAGCCCGAUGUCCAGAAGGAAACUGAGGCCUGGAUUGGGAGAAGAAAGUUGCCUGGGGCACUUGGGAGGGCCCCCACAGGGCUGAAAUAUGGCCUACCACCUGCUGACAAACUGCCCGAGCCCUCCCAACCCCUCCGUUCCUCAUGCUGGUGCAGGGUACUGGACCAGGACACAGAUGCCAUCACGGUCCAUGUAGUCAGGGUGCUGACGUGCAUCAUGAGUGGCUCCCCCUCGGCCAAGGAAGUGUUUAAGGAGCGCAUCGGCUACCCUCACCUGCGUGAGAUCCUGCAGAGCCACGGUCCCCCCACCCACCGGCUGCUGCAAGAGCUGCUCAACAUGGCUGUGGAGGGAGACCACAGCAUCUGCCCACCACCACCAAUCCGCAAUGAGCAGCCGGUGCUGGUGCUGAUGCAGUGGCUGCCGGCGUUGCCCACGGCCGAGCUGCGGCUCUUCCUGGCACAACGCCUCUGGUGGCUCUGUGACAGCUGCCCUGCCAGCCGUGCCACCUGCGUGCAGGCAGGCCUGGUGGGCUGCCUGUUGGAGACCCUUGGCAUGGGGCCGGCCCUGGGCGCCCGCUGCCAGGAGCAGCUAUUGGCCUUGCUGCAAGCCCUGGGCCGUGUGUCCCUGAGGCCCUUGGAGCUGCGUCGCCUGCUGCACCCUCCACCGGGGCAGGACUCAGAGCUAGGCAAAGCUGAGGCUGGGAAUGCCCGGCAUGCAGGUGCCAUCAUCCGGGCAUUGUCGGGCAUGACCCGGCACCGGGGUCCCACAUGCGCUUUGCACUACUUUGACCUCACGCCCAGCAUGGCGGGCAUCAUGGUGCCCCCUGUGCAGCGCUGGCCUGGACCUGGCUUCACCUUCCACGCCUGGCUCUGUCUGCACCCCACAGCCGCAGCGCCUGCCCCCGCCCGGCCACUCCAGCGAAAGCAGCUGUACAGUUUCUUCACCAGUGGCGGCUCAGGGUUUGAGGCCUUCUUCACGGCAGCGGGGACGCUGGUGGUGGCCGUGUGUACCCGGAAGGAGUACCUAACCAUGAGCUUGCCUGAAGUGUCCUUCGCUGACUCCGUCUGGCACUGUGUGGCCAUCGUCCAUGUGCCUGGGCGCCGGCCCUUCAGCCAGAACCUGGUCCAUGUCUACAAAGAUGGCCAUCUGAUUGAGACGGCGCCCCUUCGCUGCCCCUCCCUCAGCGAGCCUUUCUCCUCCUGCUGUAUCGGCUCCGCUGGGCACCGCACAACGACCACCACCACGGGGCUGCCUGCACCACCAGUCCCCGCUACCCUGGCUCACACCCACCCCUCACUCACUCGCUCCCAGUCAGUCCCAGCCUCCACCAGCCUUGGCUGGGGGUCCGGGCUGGUGGCCCCCCUCCAGGAGGGCAGCAUCAGCUCCACCCUUGCAGGCACACAGGACACGCGGUGGGGCAGCCCCACAUCCCUGGAGGGGGAGCUGGGGGCCGUGGCCAUCUUCCAUGAAGCCCUGCAGGCGGCGCCUCUGCGGGCCCUGUGUUCCCUGGGGCCCAACGAGAUGGCCCCCUUCAAGCCCGAGGGUGAACUGCAUGAGCUCGGCACCAAGCUGCUCCUCCACUACUCACCUCAGGCCUGUAAGAACAACAUCUGCCUGGACCUGUCCCCUGGCCAGGGGCUGGACGGCCGCCUGACAGGCCACAGGGUGGAGACCUGGGAUGUGAAGGAUGUGGUGAACUGUGUGGGGGGCAUGGGUGUCCUGCUGCCCCUGCUGGAGCAAGUGGCUUCGCAGCCCCAAGAAGCUGAGGCAGGUCCAGCUGAAACAUAUGACCUUGUGGGACCUGAGCUGACCUCCAGCCACAAUACCCAGGGCCUGCUUCUCCCACUGGGCAAGUCCUCAGAGGAGCGGAUGGAGAAGAACGCUGUGGCUGCCUUUCUGCUGAUGCUGCGGAACUUCCUGCAGGGCCACGCUGUGAACCAGGAGAGCCUGGUGCAGUGCCAGGGGCCUGCCAUCAUCGGGGCUCUCCUGCGCAAGGUGCCAAGCUGGGCCAUGGACAUGAAUGUGCUCAUGUCAGCCCAGCUGCUGAUGGACCAGGUGUCGGCUGAGGGUGGCGGGACCCUUCUAUACCUGCUCUACCAGCACUUGCUCUUCAGCUUUCCCCUCUGGACCCUCAGUGACUUCGCCGUGCGCCUCGGCCACAUUCAGUACAUGUCCAGCAUAGUCCGUGAGCACAGACAGAAGCUGCGGAAGAAGUACGGGGUCCAGUUCAUUCUUGACUCCCUGCGCAUCCACUACAGCCCACAGCGGGAGCGCCCCCUUGCGGCCGAUGACCUGCGCACGGUGCAGACUUCUCUCCUGGGCCUGGCCCGGGAACUCCUGGUACGAAGCUUCUCGACUGAUGACAUGCAGGUGCUGCUGAGCUUUCUGGCAGCUGCGAGUGACGAUGGCCAGGUGGUGGGCAUACUGGACCUGUUGCUGGCACUGCUGCAGGGCUCACCAGCACAGGAGCUGGUGGCUGCCUUCCUGCUGGAGCCCGGGAACCUCGAGGUGUUGCUUGCACUGCUGGUGCGGCCAGGGUCGCUGCCCCUGCUGCCUGACCGAGUCUGCAAGAUCCUGCGCAGACUGCAACAGAAUGAGCGCUUGCCGGAGCGCAGCCGCCAGCGGCUCCGAAUGCGGGAAUGUGGUCUCCAGGGUCUUGUCGCUUGCCUGCCCGAGGGAACCGUUUCCCCCCAGCUCUGCCAGGGCCUUUACAAGCUGUUCCUGGGGGCAGAUUGCCUGAACCUCUCAGACCUGAUAGCCGUGGUGCAGCUGUCCCUCCAGGCUGACCUCAGUGUCCGCCUGGAAAUUUGUCGCCAGCUCUUCCACCUCAUCUACGGACAGCCAGAUGUAGUGCAGCUUCUGGCCCGACAGGCUGGCUGGCAGGAUGUGCUGACACGGCUGUAUGUCCUGGAGGCUGCCACAGCUGACAGUAGCCCAUCCUUUCCCCCAGAGCCGCCCACCUCCCCUGAGCCAAUUUUGGCUAAGCCACCCACUGAGUCACCUGCUGAGACAUCAGAUGUCUUCCUGCCCUCAGAGUCCCCCUGCACCAACCCUGAUGCCUUUUACCAGGCUCUCUCCCCAUUCUGCACACCCUUUGACCUGGGCCUGGAACGGUCCAGUGUGAGCUCAGGCAACACUGCUGGUGGUGGCAACAGCAGCGGGACUCUCACUCCAGCCAGCCAGCCUGGCACACCCUCCCCGCUGGACGGUCCCCGGCCGUUUCCUGCUGCCCAUGGCCACCACAGCUCCAGCCUCUCCAAUGUGCUGGAGGAUGGCAGUCUCCCGGAACCCACCUUUAGUGGGGAUGAUACCUCUAACACCAGCAACCCUCAGCAAACCUCUGAGGAGGAGUUGUGCAACCUGCUUACCAACGUGCUGUUCUCAGUGACGUGGAGGGGCGUGGAAGGCAGUGAUGAGGCUGCCUGGCGGGAACGUGGCCAGGUGUUCUCAGUGCUCACCCAGCUGGGGGCCUCAGCCACACUUGUGCGCCCACCGGAUUGCAUCAAACGCAGCCUCUUGGAGAUGAUGCUGGAGUCAGCCCUGACCGACCUCAAGGAGGCCCCACCUGGGGUCCUCACCAGCCUCACCCAGCAGACGCUUUGGCUCCUGCGCCUGCUGCAGGACUUCCUGUGUGCUGAGGGCCAUGGUAACCAGGAGCUGUGGAGUGAGAAGCUCUUCGAAGGUGUGUGCAGCCUGCUUGAUCGCCUGGGGGCCUGGCCUCAUCUGGCCAAUGGCACAGCGGAUCUAAGAGAGAUGGCACAGAUUGGCCUGCGCCUCGUGCUUGGCUACAUACUGCUGGAGGAUCCACAGCUGCAUGCUCAGGCUUACGUGAAGCUGCACUCACUGCUGCAGACCGCAGUACCGGUGCGCCGGGAGGAGGCCUGCUAUGUGCUCUCCAAGCUGGAGGCGGCGCUGGCCCGGGCGCUGAAUGCCUCCUCCUCCACGCUGGCCAGCGUGGAGGAGGAGCCCCCAACUUCAGCCGCUGCGGCUACAGAGCGCUGUUCCUGGCUGGUACCGCUGGUGCGCACCCUGCUGGACCGGGCCUACGGGCCGCUGGGGCUGCAGUGGGGGUUGCCCUCCCUGCCGCCCACCAAUGGCAGCCCCACCUUCUUCGAGGACUUCCAGGCCUUUUGUGCCACACCCGAAUGGCGCCACUUCAUCGACAAGCAGGUGCAGCCCGCGAUGUCGCAGUUCGAGAUGGACACAUAUGCCAAGAGCCACGACCUCAUGUCCGGCUUCUGGAACGCCUGCUACGACGCGCUCAUGAGCAGCGGGCAGCGGCGCCAGCGGGAACGCGCCCACGGCCGCCGGGCCUUCCAGGGGCUGGUCCUUGAACCCUCACAGCGCAGGGCGCACCUGGAGGGGCUGCGCUACGCGGCUGCGCAGAAGCAGCAGGCGGCGCAGCACUUGACGGCGCUGCUGCACUGGGGGGCGCUGUGGCGCCAGCUCUCCAGCCCUUGUGGGGCCUGGGCUCUGAGGGACCCUCCCACCCCUCGCUGGAAGCUGUCCAGCGCAGAGACAUACUCACGCAUGCGUCUGAAGCUGGUCCCCAACCAUCACUUCGACCCUCACCUGGAAGCCAGCGCCUUACGGGACAACCUGGGUGAGGUCCCCCUGACACCCACUGAGGAGGCCUCACUGCCUCUGGCAGUGACCAAGGAAGCCAAAGUUAGCACCCCACCUGAGGAGCUGCAGGAAGACCAGCUGGGCGAGGACGAGCUGGCUGCACUGGCUGCGCUGGAGACAGCGAUGGAGGGAGCAGACCUGCAUGAGCAGCGUGAGAAGCUGGUGCUGUCAGCUGAGUGCCAGUUGGUCACAGUAGUGGCCGUGGUCCCAGGGCUGCUGGAGGUCACCACACAGCACGUGUACUUCUACGACGGCAGUGCUGAGCGCGUGGAAACCGAGGAGGGCAUCGGCCAUGACUUCCGGCGCCCGCUGGCCCAGCUGCGUGAGGUCUACCUGCGGCGUUUCAACCUGCGCCGGUCAGCGCUUGAGCUCUUCUUCAUCGAUCAGGCCAACUACUUCCUCAACUUCCCGUGCAAGGUAGGCAGGAUCCCAGCCUCAUCCCCUUGUCGGGUCCCCCAGGCCUGCCUAGUUGCCCCUCAUCCCCAACCCUGCCCUCUCCCGUCCCACACCCAGGUACGGAACCAGGUAUACUCGUGCCUUCUGCGCCUGCGGCCUCCCACCCAAAGCUACCUAGGCAACCGCUCACCCCAGGAGAUGCUGCGUGCCUCCGGCCUUACCCAGAAAUGGGUACAGCGUGAGAUAUCCAACUUCGAGUACUUGAUGCAACUCAACACCAUUGCGGGGCGGACCUACAAUGAUCUGUCUCAGUACCCUGUGUUCCCUUGGGUCCUGCAGGAUUAUGUGUCCCCAAUCCUGGACCUCAGCAACCCCGCCGUCUUCCGGGACCUGUCCAGGCCCAUCGGUGUGGUGAACCCCAAGCAUGCCAAGCUCGUGAGGGAGAAAUAUGAGAGCUUCGAGGACCCGGCAGGCAACAUUGACAAGUUCCAUUAUGGCACUCACUACUCCAAUGCGGCGGGCGUGAUGCACUACCUCAUCCGCACAGAGCCCUUCACCUCCCUGCAUGUCCAGCUGCAGAGUGGCCGCUUUGACUGCUCUGACCGGCAGUUCCACUCAGUGGCAGCUGCCUGGCAGGCCCGCCUGGAGAGCCCUGCUGAUGUCAAGGAGCUCAUCCCAGAGUUCUUCUACUUCCCGGACUUCCUGGAGAACCAGAACGGCUUUGACCUGGGCUGCCUCCAGCUGACCAAUGAGAAGGUGGGCGAUGUGGUACUGCCCCCGUGGGCCAGCUCCCCUGAGGACUUCAUCCAGCAGCACCGCCAGGCUCUGGAGUCAGAGUAUGUGUCUGCUCACCUGCAUGAGUGGAUCGACCUCAUCUUUGGCUACAAGCAGCGGGGGCCGGCAGCUGAGGAGGCCCUCAAUGUCUUCUAUUACUGCACCUAUGAGGGGGCCGUGGACCUGGACCAUGUGGCAGAUGAGCGGGAACGAAAGGCUCUGGAGGGCAUUAUCAGAAACUUUGGGCAGACACCCUGUCAGCUGCUGAAGGAGCCCCAUCCAGCCCGGCUCUCUGCUGAGGAAGCAGCCCAUCGCCUUGCACGUCUGGACACUAACUCACCUAGCAUCUUCCAGCACCUGCACCAGCUCAAGGCCUUCUUUGCAGAGGUCAUCAGUAAAGACAUGCCCCUGGUGCUGGCCCUCGUCCCCCACCGGCAGCCCCACUCCUUCAUCACCCAGGGCUCCCCAGACCUGUUGGUGACCGUGAGUGCCAAUGGGCUGCUGGGCACCCACAGCUGGUUGCCCUAUGACCGCAACAUAAGCAACUACUUCAGCUUCAGCAAAGACCCCAACAUGGGCAGCCCCAAGACGCAGCGACUGCUGAGUGGCCCGUGGGUGGCGGGCAGCGGUGUGAGUGGGCAAGCACUGGCGGUGGCCCCUGAUGGAAAGCUGCUGUUCAGCGGUGGCCACUGGGAUGGCAGCCUGCGAGUGACCGCACUACCCCGUGGCAAGCUGUUGAGCCAGCUGAGCCGCCACCUUGACAUAGUGACUUGCCUUGCACUGGACAUCUGUGGCAUCUACCUCAUCUCAGGCUCCAGGGAUGCCACGUGCAUGGUGUGGCGGCUCCUGCAGCAGGGUGGUCUGUCAACAGGACUGGCACCAAAGCCUGUGCAGGUCCUAUAUGGGCAUGAGGCUGCAGUGAGCUGUGUUGCCAUCAGCACUGAACUCGACAUGGCUGUGUCUGGAGCUGAGGAUGGAACUGUGAUCAUCCACACUGUACGCCGUGGCCAGUUUGUGGCGGUGCUGAGGCCUCCAGGUGCUGCGUUGCCUGGACCUGUGUCCCACCUGGCGCUGGGGUCUGAGGGUCAGAUUGUGGUACAGAGCUCAGCACGAAACCGUCCAGGGGCCCAGGUCACCUACUCCUUGCACUUGUACUCGGUGAAUGGGAGGUUGCGGGCUUCGAAGGCCCUGACAGAGGAGCCUACUGCCCUGGCAGUGACCGAGGAAUUUAUUCUGCUGGGAACAGCCCAAUGUGCCCUGCACAUCUUCCACCUGAACAAACUGCUCCCGGCCGCGCCUCCCCUGCCCAUGAAGGUGCCCAUCCGCAGCGUGGCGGUGACCAAGGAGCACAGCCACGUGCUCGUGGGCCUGGAGAACGGCAAGCUUAUCGUGGUGGGCGCAGGGCAGCCCUCGGAGGUGCGCAGCGGUCAGUUCGCGCGGAAGCUGUGGCGGUCCUCGCGGCGCAUCUCCCAGGUGUCCUCUGGGGAGACAGAGUAUAACCCAGGAGUGGCGAGCUGAGGGUCUGCCCCGCCCCGCUGCUCAGGCUCCGCCCCCAGAGGGCUCUUUCCGGGAGGCCCCGCCCAGGAGUCGGCGGGAAGGCCGAGGAGGAGGUGACCGCGCGGGCAGUCGGCCCGCUCUCAGGGGGUGGGCGGAGCCUCACCCCCGCCGAGCUCAGGGAUUGGUGGGGACGGUGUUAUUCCACCAAGUCCUGCCCCUCGCCGGCAGAGGGGCCGCCUGAAACCCAGCGCUGGCGUUUGCGGCGCAGCAGCACUUUUUGCACAGUCGAGCGGGGAUUCCCGGCUCUUGAACCCGUCCCGGAGGAGCACUGGGGACGGGCCGUGGCCUUAAUCCCCAAGACUUGCCCUUCCCCUCUCUCAUUCUCGGCAAUAAAACAGGCCUGGUUUUGUAGUU